ACAGAGAGAGAGAGAGAGAGAGAGAGAGAGAAUAGCGCAGGCAGUGGAAAAGCGGCACAGUGACACAACAAGGGUGAAAGUGGAGAGACAAUUUUCCGUAAAAGGCGUUACGUAGCCCAGCGAGGUUUUCAUGUUUAUUCCGCUAGAGAAAGAAGGGGCGGCCCCUGAUCUAGAAACAACCAACUCUGUCCCUUGUCCUCUCAUACGGGUUUAACGGAGGAAAUAGCCUACUAGAAUAGUCCAGAGCUUUAGACUACUACAUUGUGAUAGCCUACAGUCCUGUCUGGAGCGAAGCUUUAGCACAAACUAAUAGAGUGAACACUACAAUAGAUCAGAGGAACAACUCGAGCGCCGAGAUGCCCCUGGCACAGUUGCCAGAUCCCUGGCAGAAGAUGACACUGGGGCGAGCGACGAGCGAGGAUGCCCAUCGUCAUGUUCUGGAGGAUUCUAUUGGAGAGGAUGAUUCUAUGUCCUGUAACGAGGAUGAGAGUGUCAAUGAGAUCAACAUCACCAACCAUACCAAGGAGGGGUCAGAGAAGGGUGACCCUCGACAGUUCGAGCUACGCAAGGUCCUAGGACAAGGCUCCUUCGGAAAGGUGUUCCUGGUUAAGAAGACUACAGGUCCAGAUGCAGGACAGCUCUAUGCCAUGAAGGUUCUGAAGAAAGCCACACUGAAAGUGCGUGACAGGGUGAGGACUAAGAUGGAGAGAGACAUUCUGGUGGAGGUCAACCAUCCCUUCAUCGUUAAACUGCACUAUGCAUUCCAAACAGAAGGGAAACUCUACCUCAUCCUGGACUUCCUACGAGGAGGAGACCUCUUCACACGACUGUCAAAAGAGGUGAUGUUCACAGAGGAGGAUGUGAAGUUCUACCUGGCAGAGUUGGCCCUGGCCCUGGACCACCUCCACAGCCUGGGCAUCAUCUACAGAGACCUCAAACCUGAGAACAUUCUGCUGGACGAGGAGGGGCACAUUAAGCUGACGGACUUCGGCCUCAGUAAGGAGUCUAUAGACCAUGAGAACAAGGCCUAUUCCUUCUGUGGGACGGUGGAGUACAUGGCUCCAGAGGUGGUCAACAGGAGAGGCCACACCACCAGCGCUGAUUGGUGGUCCUACGGCGUGCUCAUGUUUGAGAUGCUGACCGGAACGCUACCAUUCCAGGGGAAAGACCGCAAGGAAACCAUGGCCAUGAUCCUCAAGGCUAAGUUGGGGAUGCCACAGUUUUUGAGUUCCGAAGCCCAGAGUCUCCUGAGGAACCUUUUCAAACGCAACCCUACUAACAGGCUAGGGGCCGGCCCAGACGGAGUGGAGGAGAUUAAAAGACAUCACUUCUACUGCACCAUAGACUGGAAUAAACUGUUCCGUAGAGAGCUCCACCCUCCCUUCAAACCUGCUACGGGCCGACCUGACGACACCUUCUAUUUCGACCCAGAGUUCACCGCUAAAACACCCAAAGAUUCCCCGGGGGUUCCGCCCAGUGCCAACGCCCACCAGCUGUUCCGAGGAUUCAGCUUUGUAGCCAUUACAUCAGAGGAGGAGACACAACCAGUACAGACUACUGUAGUACAGCAGCUACACAGGAAUAUGUCGCCGCUGUCUGAAGCAUAUGAAGUGAAGGAGGAAAUAGGACUGGGAUCAUACUCUGUCUGCAAACGCUGUAUACACAAGGCCACUGGCAUGGAGUACGCCGUUAAGAUCAUCAGCAAGGCCAACAGAGACCCAACAGAGGAGGUGGAGAUCCUAAUGAGAUACGGACAACAUCCCAACGUCAUCACACUAAAGGACGUGUUUGAUGACGGUAGGACAGUGUACCUGGUCACAGAGCUGAUGAAGGGCGGAGAGCUGCUGGAUAAAAUACUGAGACAGAAGUUCUUCUCAGAGAGAGAAGCUAGCGCUGUCCUAUACACCAUCACCAAGACUGUUGAGUACCUACACAUACAGGGGGUGGUGCACAGGGACCUGAAGCCCAGUAACAUCCUGUAUGUGGAUGAGAGUGGGAACGCUGAGUCCAUUAGGAUCUGUGACUUUGGUUUUGCCAAGCAGCUGAGAGCUGAGAACGGCCUGCUGAUGACGCCGUGCUACACAGCUAACUUUGUAGCUCCAGAGGUGUUGAAGAAGCAGGGUUAUGAUGCUGCCUGUGACAUCUGGAGUCUAGGAGUCCUACUCUACACUAUGCUCACAGGGUUCACUCCGUUUGCCAACGGUCCAGAGGACACACCAGAGGAGAUCCUGGCUCGGAUCGGCAGCGGGAAGUUCUCUCUGACCGGAGGAUACUGGAACUCUGUCUCAGCAGAGGCCAAGGAGCUGGUGUCUAAGAUGUUACACGUGGACCCCCACCAGCGUUUGACAGCCGGCCAGGUGUUGUGUCAUCCCUGGGUCACACACCGAGACCACCUGCCCAAGUUCACACUGACCAGACAGGACGCUCCGCACCUGGUCAAGAGCGCCAUGGCUGCCACCUACUCUGCCCUCAACAGGAACGUUCCACCUGUCCUGGACCCCGUGGGAUGUUCCACUCUAGCCCAACGGAGGGGGGUGAAGAAACUCACCUCCACUGCACUCUGACCGUUAACAUUUCACCUCAGAUUUAGAACCCUGCUGGAGCUCUGCUCAGACAGACAGACCUGGUUCCUCAGAUGACCUGGACAGAACUCUGAUGCACCUGGGACCCCCCCCCUGACCCUGCUCAGUUAUUAACUAACCCAGUGGUCUUCACCCCUGGUGCUGGAGACCAGGGCUGGAACUACAGCCUAUAGCUCUGUUGGACCAGGGCUGGAACUACAGCCUAUAGCUCUGUUGGACCAGGGCUGGAACUACAGCCUAUAGCUCUGUUGGACCAGGGUUGGAACUACAGCCUAUAGCUCUGUUGGACCAGGGUUGGAACUACAGCCUAUAGCUCUGUUGGACCAGGGUUGGAACUACAGCCUAUAGCUCUGUUGGACCAGGGCUGGAACUACAGCCUAUAGCUCUGUUGGACCAGGGUUGGAACUACAGCCUAUAGCUCUGUUGGACCAGGGUUGGAACUACAGCCUAUAGCUCUGUUGGACCAGGGUUGGAACUACAGCCUAUAGCUCUGUUGGACCAGGGUUGGAACUACAGCCUAUAGCUCUGUUGGACCAGGGCUGGGACUACAGCCUAUAGAUCUGUUGGACCAGGGUUGGAACUACAGCCUAUAGCUCUGUUGGACCAGGGUUGGAACUACAGCCUAUAGCUCUGUUGGACCAGGGUUGGAACUACAGCCUAUAGCUCUGUUGGACCAGGGUUGGAACUACAGCCUAUAGCUCUGUUGGACCAGGGCUGGAACUACAGCCUAUAGCUCUGUUGGACCAGGGUUGGAACUACAGCCUAUAGCUCUGUUGGACCAGGGUUGGAACUACAGCCUAUAGCUCUGUUGGACCAGGGCUGGAACUACAGCCUAUAGCUCUGUUGGACCAGGGUUGGAACUACAGCCUAUAGCUCUGUUGGACCAGGGCUGGAACUACAGCCUAUAGCUCUGUUGGACCAGGGCUGAUGGUGACCACAUUGUAGCGUCUCUCCAGUCUUUGCUUUGGACAAUUCGUGUUGCCUCUAGACUCAAGAGACAGGUGUCAGGAACAUGAAUGUGCUGUAUUUAGAUGUCUGUACUUCUGGGAACAUUUGAGAUACCUGCAUUAUGCAUUUAAGACCCAUAUUAAAAUGAUGAUGAACUGUAUAAUGUAGCUGUGUGUAUAAACCUAAGUAGCCUCAAAGACAGUACAAUAUGAAGAUAGGCUAAAAUGGCUUCUCCAAUAGAAAAACUAGACCACACUUUUCGGCAAUGUUAUGGUGACGUUGGCUAGCUGAGCUCAUGAGUAGAAACCCGUCAUCGGGUCUAAUGGUCGUCUCGUGCCAAACUGCACAUGUGCACAGGCCGUCAAAUCAAAGGCUCUCCUUCCAUAGAAUAUUUUUAACGAAAAUGAAAAUGUGUCCAUUUGUCACUUUCACGAGGUUGGAGUAAUAACAUGUUCAACUACUUAAGAAAUAUGGAUCAAUUCUAGGUUGUGGAUUUAGAUUUCGAGAAAAUGAACAACUAAGGAAGAAUGUUUUACUUCUCUCAUUGACUUCACAACCCCUAAACCCUGGCCAGCUUGGUCUGUUUUGCAAGCGUUCACAGAUGUCUAACGAUGUUGCAUCUCUGGGUUUAGAAACUCUGUGGUAGCUUCUUCUGUGACUGAGUCAUCAGACAGGGACAAAACUAGUGAUGUCAUCAGAGUGAGAGCAGGUAGAGCUCAACUGACCCCGCCUCCUAUGUAGAGACAAGCUCCUCCCAGUCAGCCACAAAAUCCAGAGUGACGGGACUGAGGUCCAAUCAUGGCUUUGGUGAGCCAGUCUGGGUACAGCCUGCCCUGUCCAUGCCACACCUCAACAUUUACAGACACCAAGGGAAAGCUGAUCCUCGACCAGUGUAAAGCAGUGGUUAUCUGGACAGCGAGUCUGUGUAUAUGUUGAUGCCUUCAAAUGCUCCUCGGGACUCCUCUGAACCUUGUGUUUCCCAGUUCCAAGGUACAUUUGAAAGCAGCAUGUGUGGAUGACGCUAUGAGGAGUCUGUCUGACACCGAACUGACACUACUGUUCCUACAGCAGCUCAGGUUUCUAGAUUAAAUACCAUGCAUUUUAUAAUCAUUAACUAUGUCAUGUAAGCACAUAGGUGGGGUGGGAGAGGUCCAUGGAUGUUGAAAUGUGUGGAUAGAAGAGACAUGAUAUUUUAUGCUGAAUUGAACCCUUUCAACCUGCCGUCUGGAAUGUCAUGACAUAGUUGUGGAGGUAAUCCAGUAUGUUACUGUGUGGGCCAGCUGGCACCUGCUGACUUCUGGUCAAUCCCUUUAAAGCACUGUCUGUCUAAUUGAAUGAAACAAUAUGUAGCUACAGUAUCAAUGACUUGUAGCAGUAUUAUUGAAUUAAUGAGCUGAUUCUGGAUCGGUGGACAACUCCUACCUAUUCGAUCGCUCUCCCUCAGCUCUUCUAGAUGUGUUGUAACAGUCUUUCAGGUUCUGCUUGACUGGUAGCAGAGCUGUAAGGUUGUGUGUUUGAGAUGUCUGUAUGGUUUUUUCCCCUUCCAGUUUGAGAGUAGAUGAUAUGCCUUUUUUCUCUCUUUGUGUUGCUCUCUCCUUCCUCUAUCCCUAUCCAGUGGAGAUAGUGUCCCUUCCUCCACCACUGCUGCUGUCUCCUCUCUCUGGUUUUGUAUCUCAGUGGAGUCACAGUAGGACUUUGUAUUGAACAUAAUAAAAAUACCUUCAGUAUA